UGAUACGUGAGCAGAAAGGACGUUUUUUUUUUUGUAAACUCAUCAGCAUUCUAUGUACGCGGGGAAUUAUGAAUAAUAAUCCACAGUGAAGAACAAAACUUUAAAGUCUAUUUUAAAAUAAUUUGUCAAGGAUUAAAUGUGAAAGAAUAAUAAAAAUAAAGGAUUAAGUUUGAUUAUAGUGCUUAUAACAAAAUGUUAGGACAGUGCAACAGUAGUUUUAAUUUUGAAGACACGUCGUCAUAUGACUUUGAUGAUAAUUCGUCAUUGGAUAGUGGAAUCGAAAGAAGCUAUGAAAUCAGUGAUUUUUCAUUAACGCCAAGGAAGCUAGAUUUUGACAAUUUGUCAUGUGGACAGACAAAGUUAAGGAAAAGAAAUUAUAGAAACUCAAAAGUGACAAUUGAGGAAUAUCAGGAACUGGAAAAAGAGUUUCAGCCAUCGACAGAAGCUACCACAUCAACUCCAACAAAGAGAAAAUAUGCACAAGGAAAAAGCCGAAUAUCAAGAUCACAAAAUCCUGUUCAAAUUAUGAAGAUUAAGAAGUUCCGCAGGAUUAAAGCAAAUGAUCGAGAAAGAAAUCGCAUGCACAGUUUAAAUGAAGCUUUAGAACGUUUACGACUAACUCUUCCAACUUUACCACAAGACACAAAGCUCACAAAAAUUGAAACUCUGCGAUUUGCACACAAUUAUAUUUUUGCACUAACUCAAGUCGUUGAGCAUGGAUACAGUUUAAAGACCUUUGACAUCGAGAAGCUACAAAGUUUGACAUUAAGUGGCGAGAAAGUUACAAAAGAACUUUUCGAGGCACUUUUCAUCAAUCCAUCACCAUAUUACAACCAAAAUAAUAGUGGAUAUUAUGCUUCAUACACAAGUGGAUUUAAUUCAACAAAUUUUGAAAAUUGUGAUUCUACAGGAUUUUAUCAACAGUCCAAAGUCAUGGAUAAUAAUAUCAACGUAAAAAAUUAUGAAUUAUUUAAAGGAGCCUUCGAAACAGCAGUUAAUUCAGGUAGAGCAUUCAACACAGAACUCACAAGUGACUAUCCAUGUUACGACAAUAGAUACUAUCAGGGGCAAAAUUUCUAUUAACAGCCCCUCAAUGAGUUGUAAAGAUUAACAAUAAUAACAGAGAUAACAAAAGUGAAUAGUUUGGCAUGGUCGCUAUGUUAUGCAACAGUCACGAUGAUGCGCAAUAUGUUAAUUUGAAUCAUAUUUUAAAGCAACAAGUUGCUCAUAAAAUCUUUAAAUCAGCAAAUUGUAUGCAAACUUUUCAUUUUUGUAUCGAUCUUUCUUUGAUGCUUAAAAUAUUUUCAUGACAACAAUUGGACGACUUUAAGUUCCAAUUGACAUUUUGUUGUGGAAAUAUUUCGACCAUCCCAAAUAUUUUAAUUAUUGUAAAACUUUCUUAAAUGAACAAGAGUUGAUCUCUAAAUUUAGCAUCAAUUCCUUAGUCAUUUCUUACUAUCAAUGGUGUAUCAUAUACUGUUUGAAAAGAACAACUUAGGACGUAGGUAUGCAAAAUUUGGUGGUCGACAAAAUUCAAUUUAAGAUUAAUUAAUAAGUAUAGUCCAUAUCCUAGUCUGAUUGAUUUGAUGAGAUUAUACAAAUCCUUUGGUUUUUAUGAAAUUGAAAUUUAAUAAAGCGUUCUAUUUAUACAGCAAGCAUGUAAACGAUUUUCAUUCUUCUGAAUUCUUUCAUCAAAAGGGAUUUGCAACAAUAGAAAUGCAUAUAAAAUUCAUAAUGUUUUAAUAGCAUCGAGGCACCAGCAGUAGAAAAUUCUAUAUCGUAGAAAUUCAGUAGAUUUUAAAUCACUUUCC